UGACACGCAUGCGCAGAGGAUCUCCACCGCACCACAUUCCCCGCUUCUCCUCGCAGGCAAACAUCCAGGACCUAGCCAUUUGAUUUAUCCUUUCUCCAUGAUCGUCUGAAUAAAUAUACGUGCAUUUCUGUUUCCAGUCCUUACGAGGAGCCCCAGCCUGACCGCGGAGCUGCAUUAAAUCCCCGAUCGUGCUCAAUAGAUGCUUAUUUCCUCAUCAUGGCAACAGAAGAUAAGAAACCCGAGACUGACACGAAACCUCCAGUCGCAUCAUCAGCGUCUGCCAGUCAAAGCAAGUCUGCACCUGCCAAGCCAAACUACAGCCUGAAAUUCACAUUAGCCGGCCACACUAAAGCUGUCUCCUCUGUCAAAUUCAGCCCGAGCGGAGAAUGGCUCGCCAGCUCUUCUGCAGAUAAACUCAUCAAAAUCUGGGGAGCAUAUGACGGCAAGUUUGAGAAAACCAUAUCCGGACACAAGCUUGGCAUAUCUGACGUGGCCUGGUCCUCUGACUCCAACCUCCUAGUGUCUGCAUCUGAUGACAAAACCCUGAAGAUAUGGGACGUCAGCUCGGGAAAAUGCUUAAAAACUCUAAAAGGUCACAGCAACUAUGUCUUCUGCUGCAACUUCAACCCCCAGUCCAACCUUAUCGUGUCGGGAUCGUUUGAUGAGAGUGUAAGGAUAUGGGAUGUGAAGACCGGGAAAUGUUUGAAAACUUUGCCGGCUCAUUCUGACCCUGUCUCGGCUGUUCAUUUCAACAGAGACGGCUCCCUGAUCGUGUCCAGUAGCUAUGAUGGCCUUUGCCGAAUCUGGGACACCGCAUCAGGGCAGUGUUUAAAGACACUCAUAGAUGAUGACAACCCUCCUGUGUCAUUCGUGAAGUUUUCCCCCAAUGGGAAAUACAUCCUGGCUGCUACACUGGAUAACACGCUGAAGCUGUGGGACUACAGCAAAGGAAAGUGCUUGAAAACCUACACCGGCCAUAAAAACGAGAAGUACUGUAUUUUUGCAAAUUUCUCUGUCACCGGUGGAAAGUGGAUCGUGUCGGGCUCCGAGGACAACAUGGUUUAUAUCUGGAACCUGCAGACGAAGGAGAUCGUGCAGAAGCUCCAGGGCCACACAGAUGUCGUUAUUUCGACCGCCUGCCACCCGACAGAGAACAUCAUCGCAUCUGCGGCUUUAGAAAACGACAAAACCAUCAAGCUAUGGAAAAGCGACUGCUAAAGCCUUGUUUGGAUUUUUUUGGGCCAUUCAUAUUUCUCUCUUUUAAAAAAAAAAAAAUACUUUUUCUUUUUAAUUUUCUACAUUUUGUUGUAAGAAAAGAGGACUUGUUUUCUAAAAGAGAGCUCCUGCGGGAUGCAGCGGGCUUUCAGGUAAUGAAAUUCAGCGAGGAGAACCAAAUGAAGACCCAUCAGCCGAAAACUGCGUCGCGCCUGCAGCGGACGUGUUCACCCUUCUCACAUCUGAGAUAAGCCACCAGUCUGUUAACGUGCCAGAUUUUGUUGUCUCCACGGGGAAGUUGGUGACUUUUUUGUUUUACUUCAUGUUGAGAUUCAGUUCUGGUGCUUCAGUACUUUUUACACUGCGUUAACCUUGUCACUGCUUCAUACCAACUCUGGUCUUGUACAAUAAAUGUAAUGGUUAUUUGGCCUCUCUAUUACUUCUUUUGCAUUUUUAAUUUGUCUGUGUAAUUGUGUAGUAGCGUCUAAAUGACUUCAAAGUGGGGAGGUGACUUUGACAUCUAGCUUUAGGUAAAUAAAAAUCUAAGUAUCCAUUUGUUAGUUAUUUAUUCAAGUGGCACCACUGUUAGUGUUGUGUUCAGAUCUCAUGUAAGCGCUGUGUGCCUAACGAGACAUUUUUCCGAUUUUGUAAGUUCUGUGACGAUUAUUAGGGCAACAUACCAGUAUUCAAAGUUAGUGUUGGGAAGUACGUGAGCAAGGUAAAAAAAAAUAAAAAUGCCUCAAGACAAUGUGGUGCAUGAUGUCACAUAAUAGUUUGACAGUUACAAAAAAAUCCUAAUAAUUCUUUUUACAGUCUUGUUGGAGCUCUGAAUGAAGUCCUUCUCCUGUUAAAAAUGUCUCAUUUUAAUAUUUUACAGUUUACGGCAGUGGCCAAAUGCAGUUUUAUGUUCUGGGAUUUGUACGUACAAAUUUACAAGUAUUGUGAUUUGAUUAUUUUAUAUUAUGUUCUCUUCUGCUUCUGCUCUUACUGUAGUUCCGCGCACGAAGCCGGCAGCAUCUGUCCUCUGUAGUUGACCUGGAUUUUGUGGAAUAUAUGUUUGCAUCUGACAGCUAUAACCUGCGACUUAAUAAAACCAGUUUUUAUAUGUUUCA